CCGACUUAAAACGAAAACGGUGUCGAACGGGAAUUUCACCUCUAAAAAAAACAGAAAUGCCCGAAAAAGACCAAAAAUCAAAGCUAUCAUGUACAACAGGAAAAGCAUAUUUUUCGAAGAGUUCUUCGCCCAAGUAUAAAUACAUUCAAGAUCCUUCGGAUUUUGUCGACAAUAACUACAAGAACGACUACAGUCAGUACUUGAUACCCUACGAUGUUUUAACCCUAAAUAUUGUCCCAGUUUGGGGAUCGUACAGUGGACAGCAAAUCAAAAUACAGUAUGACUGGGAUGGCAUCAAGUUUGUUAUUAAUGGCAAGGAAAAUGCUGAUGUAAUGCCGCUUAAACCGGGGACUUCCCCCGAUUGCUUUCUAAGAUUUGCCAUCGCCUUGAUUCAUUCACCGACCAUUCAAACCGACCUCUGCUCGAUCAAGGCACGAGUUUUUCAACCAGCUUCAUUGUUGAUACACUGUCUUCGAUCAGCACUCGUUCACAUCAAAAGAUUGCCAGAAUUAUUACCACAGUAUUUACCAAGAGAAUUCCUGAUACACUUUAGUGCAGAAUCACAAAUAUCAGUUCAGCUUAAUGUUUGGCCGUCAUGUGAAAAGUGGCCUCAAAAAACCAUGAUCACUGCUAAGAGAGGUAUGGUGAUUGAGGAAUUUCUCUGGCUAAUUAGGUACAUUUUAAAGCUUGACAGUCAAGUACGAAUCAGCUUGUUUCGAAGAUUCUUACCUCUUGAUAACCAAGAUGUAUUGUCAGAAGAUGAUGUCAUUGAUUGUGUCAUCAAUCCAAAUGAUAUGUGUACACUACCGACAUCAGAUUCAAGCGAUGGAAAUAAGAAAUUUGUGUUGACUAAAAUUGGACCUACUAAGUUUGAGAUCUUGAGGAAAGAGGUGCUUGUGGUAUCCUUAAUGGGAAAAGGAGUCAAAGAAAUCCCAAUCUCCCUGACUGACAGCCUAAGUGUCCUAGACCGGGCUAUACGACAAACCUUUCGACUCAGGCAGUCAACUCUACUGUCAUUUAAGCACCCAAACCAAGAAAGCUUCUUGCUGCAUGCAGGCAAAGUCAUCAAGUCUCAGACAGACGAAGAAAAGGUUAAAAAUCUAAUUACGAACAAAAGGCGAAAUUUCCCAGCCCGUGGUUCAUGUGUCCCGAUCAAACGCCUGUACAAAGAGAGGCCAAUUUAUCUAAAGUCAUUAAAAUCCCUCGGGUUUUGUUCGGGAUGUUUCGUGGAAGUCUUUGAAGUUACAGGUCCAACAAUUCCCAUCAUGCUCUUUGGUGAAGCUAUCGAGCCAUGUGCUGUAGAUGUGAACCCCGAAUGGAAUCUUGAACUAUUUUUGUACUAUCUCCAGAUCUUUUGUGGACGAGGUGAAAAAUUCACUAAUAUUGACUAUGUCAGAUUCAUUGCCGAUAAGAAGGUUAGUGAUAUUUUGGAUAUGAUGGGAUCCCUGUGGUGGAAAGACAAGCGAAGCUCGGUUGCCAUGACAAAUAGACUGGAAUACCUCAAAGUCCGUGUUUAGAAAGUUUUCUAUAAAGGUUUAAUCAGUCCAACUAUGGAAAGGAAGACGUGUGCAGUGAUAAUUUGGACGUGGUGGGAUGCCUGUGGUGGAGGGACAAGCACACCUCAAUCUCCAUGACAAUCAAGUCUGUCUUUAGAAAGCAUCCUGUCUAAAGUUUAUUGAUUUAUGUAAAGGUCUUAUCCUUCCAUUUAUGGAAAGGAAGACGUGCGCAGUGGUAAAUUGCACGUGGUGGGAUGCCUAUGGCGGCGGGACAAGCACACCUUACAGACCUUAAUCACCAUAGACAAUCAAGUCUGUCUCCAAAGCAUCCAGUCUAAUGUUUUAAUCUCAAAAGAAUAGAUUUUUAUUUAGUUUUUUCUCGGAUUCGAUUUUCACUGAUUUACUAGGCUGGUACAUCUGCAAUCAGAAAAAGACGGGGGUAAGAACAAUAAAUUAAUGAAGUAACUAGUUCCCAACUCUGCAUUUAAGUCAGUUCCUAUUAUAAUGUAAUAUACAAAGACGUAUUAUUUUAUAAAUAUUUUUUUAGCAACAGGACAAAUCUUUAUUAUUGCACAUUUUCAAAGAAAGAGUGCUCCUUGAAAAAGAGUAUACAUUGAUAUUUAAAACGACAAAAUCUAGGGCUACACUUGAGGUGGUGGGUCCCGCUAAAUCAGGUCCUGUUGGCCUUAUAUUUUUUUAUGUUACGUCCAGGGGACAUGGAGGUACAAAUUCUUCUCCAAGGUAUAAACUCUUACUCCCAAGAUUUCUGGCACAAUUAAUCCUUUUGGAUUGAAGUAUUAGUAUAGAGAAACUUUGAGGAUUGAUAUUUUAAAAAUACAAAAAAAAAUUUUUUAGAAAUAUUUUGACGACUUUUUUUAAGUAUAAUGACAGUGAAAAGCCAACUGAGUUAUUAGAGCACUUUUCGUAUCACUAUAAAAAGCUCGCGACACGAACGCGGUCGUGACACGUCAAGGCAUACGUCACACCAAUCACAUUGCGCGAGAAAAUCCACUCUCCAUCCAAUCAAAUACCCGGAACACGGCACAAACGAGGCGCGUACACGUCACGCCAACGUCACGACACUGYCAGACCAAUCACACUGCGCCUGAGCUUUUCCCAGAAAUACGGAAACUACUCUAUAGUGACUAGUCUUAUGACUUCGUAGACAUUAGUGACAGACUUUUUAAAGAAUCAAAAUAUUAUUUAUGUGUUAUGGAGAGUUUAGUAUGUUAUUUCUUGGUUAGUCUGACAAUUAGGCGUUAUCAAUGAAAUACUUUAAAAACAAAUUGUUAUUAAAGUAUUGUGAAGAGUUUGGUA